AGACGGCGGCCAGCAGACACUUGCCUUGCGAGGACGAUACGAGCAGCAGCCAUCUCCACGCCAAGGUUAGACAAAAUGCCAGGAAUGUUCUUCUCUGCGAAUCCAAAGGACUUGAAAGGAACAGAUCAGUCACUUCUAGACGACAAAACGCAAAAAAGGAGGCCAAAGACUUUUGGGAUGGACGUGAAAGCAUAUCUGAGAUCUAUGAUCCCACAUCUGGAAUCUGGAAUGAAAUCUUCUAAGUCUAAGGACAUACUCUCUGCUGAUGAAGUAAUGCAAUGGUCUCAGUCUCUGGAAAAACUUCUUGCCAACCAAACUGGUCAAGAUGUCUUUGGAAAUUUCCUAAAGUCUGAGUUCAGUGAGGAGAAUAUUGAGUUCUGGCUGGCUUGUGAAGACUAUAAAAAAACAGAGUCUGAUCUUUUGCGUUGCAAAGCAGAGAAAAUAUACAAAGCGUUUGUGCAUUCAGAUGCUGCUAAACAAAUCAAUAUUGACUUUCACACUCGAGAAUCGACAGCCAAGAAGAUCAAAGCACCAACCCUCACAUGUUUUGAUGAAGCCCAGAAAGUCAUAUACACGCUUAUGGAAAAGGACUCCUACCCCAGGUUCCUCAAAUCAAAUAUAUACUUAAAUCUGCUGAAUGACCUUCAGGCUAAUAGUCUCAAGUGACCAGUUCCUGGCUGGAGGGAAUUAAAGAUGGUAUCAAGAACAGAAGGAAUGUGCCAGAAUGGCUCCCUAGAAGAACAACUUGACCUUUGGAGGUGACUCAACAUCAGUCCCAGGGGAAGAACAUAUGACUCAGAAUGGGUUAACCUGGAAGUUAUCCAGGCGCAGGGUUGAAGAAGCGUAAGAUGAAAAUUGAGAGACAGUAGGAGGAAGGAGAUACUGUGGUUCUGUCAUAGAACAUGGUGGACCUACGUGCUAGAAAAUCCCUCAGAACUGAGAAGGCCGGGUAACUCUAGUUACACAGAAACUGUGAAUAAAGGUUUUGAAACUGAUUAAAACAUGCUAUAAGCUUCAAGGCCAACUGACAUUUAUGCUGCGUAUGGUUCUACAGUGGGUGUAUUGAGCUGCUGAAUUCUCUUUCACUUGGAUGACUCUUUGUAAAAAAGUAUGUGUUUGAAAAUCUCUCUUGCUAUCAUUGACACAAAGUUUAUGGUGUUGUUUUGUCUGUUGAAUUGUUUUUGGCUUGAAAGAGAAGAAGAGAACAAUGUAUUUAACUUAAGCUAUUGCUCUUAUAACUGGGAAGUUAGAGUGUAUUUGUAAAUUAAAUUAUCUCGGUGUCGAUAAUAAAUGUGGGUUUUGUAUUAAAAAUAUA